CAGAGAUGGAGAAGAAGAACUCCUCAGCUUCUCUGGCUCUGGCUCUGGCACUUCUGGCGGUGACCGCCACCAUUAUGUUGGUGGCGGCGGAGGCGGCCGAUAGUUGGAAGAUCUGCAACAUGAAUAAGGAUGGGCUGACAGCAUGCCAGCCCGCCAUUUCGGGCUCAUCGGCCCAAAAGCCGGUGCCGGAUCCGUCAGAAACGUGCUGUGCGGCACUGUCGCAUGCAGACCUGAACUGCCUCUGCGGCUACAAGAACUCUGGCCUGCUUCAGUACUUCGGCAUCAACCCUGACCUUGCAAUGCAGCUCCCGGUCAAGUGCAACGUUCCGGCACCCGUUAAGUGCUGAUGGCCCGCCAGAUCGCCAGCCCGCCCGCCCAUGCGAGCCUUAGUAGCGUUAAUAUAUAUGUUUGUGUGUUGUGUGUUCGUGUUACAGUUGUUUGUUCGAUGUGCUAGUUCUAGAAAGGCAUGUGGCUUGUAUUUGUCAAAUAUGUUGGAAUAUAUAUUGGUGUUGGGAGUGCUUGCUUAA